AUGGCUACGACAAACGGCUCUCACACCGACGAAUACAGUAUUGCUUCACCUACUAGCAUACUUGGAAACAAGACUCUCUACGAAGAUGCUGAUCCAGAAGCACCCUCGGAAAAACAGUCGUGGCGGCACGGCAUCAGUCUAAAGCACGAAAAGGCCAUCCUCCGCAGGCUUGAUUUCCAUCUACUGCCUUUUGUCUCCCUACUUUACUUGUUGUCUUUUCUUGACCGCUCGAAUAUUGGAAACGCCAAGGUGGCGGGCAUGGUUUCCGACUUGCAUCUUGUCGGUCUCCAAUACAACACGGCGGCAGCUGUGUUCUUCAUCCUCUAUUGCUUUGCUGAAAUCCCCAGCAAUGUUCUCCUCAAGCUGCUCCGUCCGUCGCGUUGGAUUCCAUCAAUCAUGGUUAUUUGGGGUAUCAUUAUGACUUUAAUGUGUCUCGUAAACAGCUACGCAGGGCUCUUGGUGGCUCGAGUCUUUCUUGGUCUAGCAGAGGCUGGACUCUUCCCCGGUGUCACCUUUUACCUCUCGCUAUGGUACAAACGCUCCGAGCAAUCCAAAAGAGUAGCGAUAUUCUUCUCAGCAGCAACAAUUGCCGGCGCAUUCGGUGGGCUACUCGCGUAUGCAAUUGAAAAGCUGGAAGGACGUGCCGGUCUGCGUGGUUGGCAGUGGAUCUUCCUAAUCGAGGGUCUUGUCACUGUCGCCUUCGCCGUCGCAGCUUAUUGGCUCAUGUACGAUUACCCUUCGACUGCAACCUUCCUAACCGAAGACGAGCGCAACUUUGUAAUUGACCGCCUCAAGCACGAUUCUACCGACCUUGCGACCCACUACGACAUCAAGUUUGUCUGGCAGGCGCUUACAGACUGGAAAUGUUGGAUCCAAGUCUGUAUUUACCUCGGUAUCAUCAUUCCUGUCUAUGCGUUUUCGAUCUUUAUCCCAACGAUCAUUCAAGAACUGGGAUACACUGCCUCAAAUGCCCAAUUACUUUCGACACCGCCGUAUAUUGCCGGGUGCUUCUUUACUAUCCUCGUUGGCGUAUAUUCCGACAAGCUCCAUCUUCGUGGCCCGUUCAUUGUCGGUUGCGCAAGUGUUGCCAUCACUGGAUACUCGAUUCUCUACGCUACACCACCAUCGCUUCCUGGCGUGAGCUAUGCUGGAACGGUCAUUGCUGCUUGCGGUGUCUUCCCCAGCAUCGCGGUUGUGCUAGCUUGGACUGGUGGUAACGCAGGAGGGGAUAUCAAACGUGGGGUUGCGCUAGCGUUGACGAUCGGGGUUGCCAAUCUCGGCGGUAUUUGCUCCUCGUUCAUCUAUCGCAGUCGAGAUGCACCAAGAUUCUAUAUUGGACAUGGAACGGUCAUUGGCUGUCUCUUACUCUCAGUACUUGGGUCGUGUACGGGUAUGGUCACGUACUGGCGCUUGAACAAGCAAAAAGAGGAACUCUGCCGUCGCGAGAAUAUCGACCAAUCGCAGGCGCAUAGGUUCAGAGAUAUGGGUGAUGCGAGCCCGUUAUUCCGGUAUACGAUUUAA